AUGCAAUAUUCUCGUGUAUCACCUCUUGCAAGUAGAAUCACUCGUCUUUCUGCUUCGAAAACCACAACCGCUGCUUUGCGCAACUUGUCUCAAGUUAGAAACUUACACGUUCAAGCUCCUGCAGCUUUAUACACUGUAGGUUACGAUCGUUUGAGACAAUCAAGUGGCUUCAAGAACGGCAUCUUUGUGAAUCAAAUUAGAAAUUAUGCUGACAAGGUUGUCAAGGUUCCCCAGAUGGCGGAGUCUAUCUCUGAAGGUACCCUUAAACAAUGGGUGAAGCAGGUUGGUGAUUUCGUUCACCAAGAUGAUGAGGUUGCCACCAUCGAAACCGAUAAGAUUGAUGUCACCGUCAACUCUCCUGCAUCAGGUACCAUUGUCGAGGUGUACGCUCAAGAAGAAGACAAUGUCUCUGUUGGUGCCGACUUCUUCAAAUUGGAGCUUGGUGAUGCACCAAAAGAAGGUUCCGCCCCUGCUGCCAAGAAGGAAGAACCCAAAGAACAACAAGCUGAAGAAUCAAAACCUGCUGCUGCUGCUGAACCCAAGAAGGAAGAGGCUCCUAAGAAGGAAGAAGCUCCCAAGCCUGCCGCUCCCUCUACCCCCAAGCCCGCCGCUGCUGCUGCUCCCAAGGCUGAAGAGACUGAGAAGGUGUAUGGUAGCCGUAAUGAGUCCCGUGUCAAGAUGAACCGUAUGCGUCUCAGAAUUGCUGAACGUUUGAAGCAAUCUCAAGAUACCGCUGCUUCAUUAACCACCUUCAACGAAAUCGAUAUGACCAACUUGAUGAACCUUCGUGCUGAAUACAAGGAUGCCGUUGUUAAGAAGCAUGGUGUCAAGUUUGGCUUCAUGUCUGCCUUUGUCAAGGCUGCUGCUGAAGCCUUGCACGAAAUCCCUGCUGUCAAUGCUUCCAUUGAUGGUCAAGAAAUCGUCUACCAUGACUUUGUUGAUAUGAGUGUUGCUGUCUCUACUCCCAAGGGUCUUGUCACUCCUGUUUUGAGAAAUGUCGAGGAUAUGGGCUUCAUUGAUAUCGAAAAGAACAUUGCUGAGCUCGGUAAAAAGGCUCGCGAUAACAAGAUCACUAUUGAAGAUAUGGCUGGUGGUACCUUCACCAUCUCCAACGGCGGUGUCUUUGGUUCUUUGAUGGGUACUCCCAUCAUCAACUUGCCUCAAACUGCUAUUUUGGGUAUGCACUCCAUCAAGGAAAGACCUAUUGCUGUCAACGGAAAGGUUGAGAUCCGUCCCAUGAUGUACGUUGCUCUUACCUAUGAUCACAGACUCGUUGAUGGUCGUGAGGCCGUUACAUUCUUGGUUAGAAUUAAGGAACUCGUUGAAGAUCCCAGAAGACUUCUUUUGGGUGUUUAA